AUGAACCUAGCUACCAACUAUAAGAACUACCACGCCCAAGGAAUGCGAACGGAACUCUGGCAAGCCAAAAAGAUUGUCGAUUCUACUCUGCACCCCGAUACUUGGAAGCCGGUGCUUCUGCCUUUCCGCAUGUUAUGCUACGUGUUUUCAAACCUUAUUGUUAAGGCGGGGAUAUUGAUUCCUGGAGUGACGGGGGAAUUCUGGGAUGGCAGAUUGCCAACCAGUAUCAACAGUGCAAAUACCAAUCAAUCCACACCUCUUUCAACCGAGGCAAUGAUCAAAUCAUACUUCAUGGCUGUAUCUACAUCUUGCUCUGUCGCAUUAGGACUUAAUAGCAUGGUGCCGUGGAUUUCGUUUGUAAGCCAACAAACCAAGACAAUUCUAGCCCGCCUUGUCCCAUUCGCUGCUCUCGCCAGCGCCGGAGCACUGAAUGUUUUCCUUAUGCGCGGCGAGGAAUUCGUCGUGUAA